AUGCUUCUGUUCGUGAACGUUGCAACUCUAGCCGGGGCGGUUCUGGCCUCUCCAUAUGCAAACCGUUCCGGCCACUUCGACACAAUCCCGACAUAUCCAACUCCUGAGAGCUCUGGAAAUGGAUGGGAAGCGGCUUUCAAGAAAGCCCAAGAGGUCGUCUCGCGACUCAACCUCACACAGAAAGUUGGCUUAACGACCGGCUCUACGUAUGGUCUUUCGUGCAACGGAAAUAUCGCGCCGAUACCAGAGGUCAAUUUUAGCGGAUUUUGUCUCGCCGAUGGCCCAACUUCUGUCCGAAUUGCAGAUCUUGCUACGGUGUUCCCAGGAGGCCUUACAACUGCAGCAACUUGGGAUAGACAGUUGAUUUAUGAACGAGGGCGUGCCCUGGGCGCAGAGUUCCGCGGCAAAGGCGCACAGGUUCAUCUCGGACCUGCAACGGGUGCAUUGGGCCGUCAUCCUCUUGGUGGCCGCAACUGGGAAAGCUUCUCUCCCGAUCCCUACCUCAGUGGGGUUGCCAUGGAUUACUCCAUUCAGGGAAUUCAAAGUAUGGGUGUUCAGGCUAAUGCGAAACACUUCAUCGGCAACGAGCAAGAGACUCAGCGGUCUAACAGCUUUACGGCGGACGGUACCGAAAUCCAAGCGGUGUCUGCAAACAUCGAUGAUCGUGCAAUGCAUGAGCUGUAUCUUUGGCCGUUCGCCAACGCUGUCCGUUCCGGCGUCGCUUCCGUCAUGUGCAGCUACAACCGCGUCAACCAAACAUACUCCUGCGAGAACUCGAAGCUUUUGAAUGGUUUACUCAAGGGAGAGCUUGGGUUUCAAGGGUACGUCGUCAGCGACUGGUACGCAACUCAUUCCGGAGUCAACUCCGUCAAUGCCGGUUUGGACAUGACAAUGCCUGGGCCCAUCGAUAGCCUAUCUACAGCUCUCAUGCCUCCACCGUCAUACCUAGGUAGCAACCUGACUGAAGCUGUCCGGAAUGGAACCAUUGACGAAAACAAAGUCGACGACAUGGCCCGCCGCGUCCUCGCGCCGUACUUCUUCCUCCACCAGGACGAGGACUUUCCAUCAAUUGAUCCAUCGACCGGGUUUGUAUUCGCUAAAACAUACAAUUACCCAGACGAGUAUCUUUCUCUUUCGGGAUACGACCCAAGCAAUCCUCCACCAGCUCGUGACGUUCGAGGGAACCACUCCGAAGUUGAUCCCAAAAUGGUUGGUAUUUUCGGAAACGGUGCUGCAGAUGUUACCGAAGGCCUCACCUUCACAGGAGACGACAGUGGUCCUUGGGGCGCAAACAUUGGUGCUCUCAGUGUCGGUGGAGGCUCCGGUGCAGGAAGACACACACGACUUGUCUCUCCUCUCGCUGCCAUUCGAAACCGCGUUGAAGACAGAGGCGGUCGUGUCCAAUACCUCCUGGACAAUGCAAAAAUUGUCGAAGGAGACUUCACCUCCAUUUACCCCCCACCCGAAGUUUGCCUGGUGUUUCUCAAGACCUGGGCUCGCGAAGGUACGGACCGCCUGUCGUUUGAGAAUGACUGGAACUCGACUGUUGUGGUGGGAAAUGUGGCCCGCCAGUGCCCCAACACUGUGGUGGUCACCCAUUCCGGCGGCAUCAACACCAUGCCUUGGGCAGAAAACCCGAACGUGACAGCUAUCUUGGCCGCGCAUUACCCUGGCCAGGAAAACGGUAACUCGAUAAUGGAUGUCUUGUAUGGAGAUGUUAACCCAUCUGGUCGUCUUCCUUAUACAAUCCCGAAGCAGGCUGCGGACUAUGAUUUCCCCAUCGUCAACAUCACCGGAGCGGCCGCACAAGACCCCAACGCCUGGCAGGCUGACUUUACCGAGGGCCUCUUCAUCGACUAUCGUCAUUUCGAUGCCAGAAAUAUUACGCCGCUUUAUGACUUCGGCUAUGGUCUCAGUUACACGACUUUCGAACUAGACGGCGAUGCUAAGUUGAGUGUUACGAACAAAGAAUUGCCCAUGUUUCCGGCUCCGGCAAAUGGCAGUUACCCAGGGGGCAAUCCGGCCCUCUGGGAGGAGGUUGCCUCCGUUGCCGCAACUGUUAAAAACACAGGAGAGGUUUCCGGCUCACAGGUAGUGCAGCUUUAUGUGUCUCUUCCCAAGGAGAGCACCCCUGACAACACCCCUGUGCAGGUUCUACGUGGAUUUGUCAAGGUUGAUCUUGCCUCGGGGGAGUCGAAAUCGGCAGAAUUCCCCAUCAUGCGUCGGGAUAUAAGCUUUUGGAACACAACUGCUCAGGACUGGGCAAUUCCUUCGGGGAAGAUUGAGUUCCGUGUCGGUUUCAGUUCUCGAGAUAUCAAAUCCACGGUCACAAGGUCUUUCUUGUGA